UGAAUUUCUGUUACAAACAAAACAAGACAAAUAUCAUCUGCAUGGCAUUGGAUGUACUAAACAUUUUAAGACUUUAAUGAGGUUAUCACAAUGGCCCAGUACGAGAAGAUCAUGAUUGUACUUUUCCAGCUUAUGAUUGCUGGAUCUACACUGGAGAUUGGAGCGUAUGAUUUGGAGCGCGGCCGUCCGUCAAAAUGUGAACCCAUCACCAUUCCCAUGUGCCAGGGAAUCGGCUACAACAUGACACGAAUGCCCAACUUAAUGAAUUAUGAAAGCCAAGAGGAAGCUAGCAUUAAACUGAAUGAAUUCGCCCCUCUGGUGGAGUACGGUUGUGAUGUCCACCUGCGAUUUUUCCUGUGCUCUCUGUAUGUGCCAAUGUGUGCCGAUCAAGUGUCCACUACUAUCCCAGCAUGCCGCCCUAUGUGUGAACAGGCAAGACAGAGGUGUUCACCUAUAAUGGAACAAUUCAAUUUCGGCUGGCCGGACUCAUUGGAUUGCUCAAAGCUGCCAACCAAAAACGACCCGAACGCAUUGUGCAUCGAAGCUCCCGAAAAUGACACUCAACCUGAGACUAAAAAAGGUGAGGGAAUGCUGCCAGUACUUCCGAGGUCCAGGGAACCCACAGCAGGGAGUGGACGUACUUCAAGCGGCUUGCGCUCCUGUGAUAACCCGGAGAAGUUCCAGUACGUGGACAAAAGUGAGUCAUGCGCGCCUCGUUGCACUCCUACGGUGGAUGUCUACUGGUCUAGGCAAGAUAAGGACUUUGCAUUCAUUUGGAUAGUGGUGUGGUCAACGCUUUGCUUUGUUUCUACAGCAUUCACAGUUCUUACCUUCCUCCUCGACCCGCAGCGCUUCCAGUACCCCGAGCGUCCCAUCAUCUUCCUCUCCAUGUGUUACAAUGUCUACUCUGUGGCCUUCAUCAUCCGUUCAGUGGCUGGUGCUGAGAAUAUUGCUUGUGAUCGGGAAAACGGAGAGCUCUACAUUAUCCGGGAGGGUUUGGAGAGCACAGGGUGCACCAUAGUGUUCCUCAUCCUCUAUUACUUUGGCAUGGCCAGCUCCAUCUGGUGGGUCAUCCUCACCCUCACUUGGUUUCUUGCAGCGGGACGAAAAUGGGGCCACGAGGCUAUUGAGGCACACAGUAGCUACUUCCAUAUGGCCGCCUGGGGUAUUCCUGCAGUGAAGACCAUAGUCAUCCUCACUAUGAGGAAGGUGGCCGGGGACGAGUUGACGGGAUUGUGUUAUGUGGGCAGCAUGGACAGCAAUGCUCUCACUGGAUUUGUCUUGAUCCCUCUAUCCUGUUAUCUCAUCGUUGGGACUUCUUUCAUCCUUACGGGGUUCGUCGCACUAUUUCACAUCCGCAAAAUCAUGAAAACCGGUGGCACCAACACAGAAAAACUGGAGAAGCUCAUGGUUAAGAUUGGAGUCUUUUCCAUUCUCUACACGGUGCCUGCUACUAUUGUCAUCAUAUGCUAUUUCUAUGAAAGACUCAAUAUGGAAUACUGGAAGUUCAAAGCUCUGGAAAACAAGUGUGUGUCCUUUCCUGGUCGCAGGAGUGAGGACUGCACCUUGGACUUGUCGGUUCCCACAGUGGCUGUGUUCAUGCUGAAAAUUUUCAUGUCAUUAGUGGUGGGCAUCACUAGUGGGGUUUGGGUAUGGAGCUCAAAGACACUUCAGACCUGGCAAGGGUUGUGCAACAGAAGAUUGGCCGUGCAAACGAACCGCAAGCCCUGCUCCAGUGUCAGCUGCAGCAGCUCCCACUGUCAUUACAAAGCACCGGCUGUGACACUUCACAUGAAUAAAACAGACAUGUACACAGAACGUCCAACACAUGUUUGAGACUAAAGGCCUCUUCUCUGGAGCCAUGCACAGACUUUUGAGGCUCAUAUCAUGAUGAGAUGUUCAGUUUCAGAUAAAGUCACAACAUUUGUCAGGGGUGGCAUUUAUAAGCCUUUCCUUGACAUAGCAGAGGCCACUUCAAUAAAAGGGAAGAUUUGUUGCAUGCAAUGAAUGCAGCGAAUUGCAGAAUGCCUUAUUUAUUGUGGAUAUUUAAGUAUUGCUGCUUGUAUAAUUUUGUACUCUAUGUACUAUACUGUAUAUAAGGAAGAGUUUUACAUACUUUUACAGUAUGUUAUAUUUUUUCUCAAAAGAGGAGCAAUAAAAAAUUUAAUAUGUCUUUUCUCUUUAUUUCUUUAUCUGUUAUGUGAUAAAUAAGGUUCUAUAUUAUUGUAUUAGUGUUACAUGUAAAAUGUUGUACUGUGCAUGUAAAACGUUCUCUUUGAAUUAUGAUAUUUUUAGCACUUUUGAUUAAACUGGAUUUUAAAUGUAGAAAUACAGUGAAAAUUAAAUCAGUUUAUUAAGGUUUGGUAAGAAUAAUUUUCUAUGCAAAGUGUAUAUUAUUUUGAACUAUAAUUCAGUACUGGGUUCAGUUUGAUUUAAUUAAGAAUAUAAAAUAUU